AUGCUGCUGUCUGGCAAAUCGAGCAGAGAACUCCGUUCACGGAGAGGUGCGAGCUGCUUCGACACUCAUUGGCCACAACUGCAGUGGGACAUAGCUCCAGAUUCGGAGCUUUCGCUUUGGCGACGGAGCGACUUCGAGCAGGCAACGGUUCCAGCUGGGCAGCCCGAGACGUACUCAGCCUGCUUCUCACGUCAGCACCAGGUUGCCAUCGUGCAGCUCAACAUCCCGGAAUACACGGGCAACCGCGAGAGGUACCUGAUGGAGAGGGAGAUCCACGUGCUCACCAAGUUCCUGGAUCACUUGGAGCGAAACAGCCAGGAGGAGGAGUGGGAAGCAUUGGCCAACGGUGUCGCAGUAUGCAUACCAUGGCAAUGUGUGCGAGAUGAGGAUCCAAGUAUCCUUCGCAAGAGCAGCGUGGAGUACAUUGCUUAUGCAAUCGGCUUUGGAGAUUCGUCCGUCUGGCUGCCAACUCCACGUGGACUUGACAUGAAUGUCCUUGCCCAGUACUUAGCCUGGCCGAAGUUGCCAGUGAUGUCAGCUUCAUCGUCAACGACAACAACUCCAGGAGGCUUCGAAGGCGGCUGCAUCGUUGGCCGCGUGCCCGUGACGGCGCAGCUCUGUUGGAGUGGCACGGCCGCUAACGAGCUCCUGCUUGACAGCUUGCAAAGUGGCCCAGUCGUGCAGCCCUCAGCGACCCUCACCUUUCACCACGCCAGAGACGAGUCGUUCGACUUCGUGCGCCUUCUGCCAAGGCAGAGGAAGCCACCCUGGCUUCUGUGUGACGAUCCAGACUUUCAUGAGGCUUGGCGAGAUUGGGCGCAAGCGCUACGGGCGACGAAGGUUUCUCUCUCCGGAAAGACGCCGCGCCCAUUGUUGGCUCAGGCUGUGAAGAUUAUCGAGCUCUUCGCAAGGGAGGCCUGGUUCUGGAUGGCUUCGGUCUAUCUGCAUUCCUUUGACCUGUGCGACUCUGACCACAUACCCGUGGACUGGAGGUGGAACGGCGACGACUUCUGUCCAUAUCACUACAUUAGAGAUGGAAACUCGGGUAACUGGGGCAGCCACCGCUGCUGGAAACGCUGGGCCCACUUCUGCCCCUUCGGCUUUGUGGCAGCGCUGGCAAUCCGUUCACGCGGGCUUCGGGAAAUCGGCGAAGAAACUCGAGCUUUGGAGGACCUGCGCAUGGGUGGAGCGAUGCUGGGAAGCUGUGGAGAGUUCGACGUUGUAGGAGAGCUCUGGGGUGGUGCCAGAGAUCUGCAGUGGCAGAUUCUUGCUACCCAGCGUCCGGAAGCACUGCGUGCCCUGCAAGCUCUCAACAGUAAAGGUGAGCUACUGAUCGAUGACUCGGAUGCCCAGCGAUUCGUCGUGUGGCAUGCCUUGCAGUUGAACAGUCUCGUGCGCAUGCACCUGCACGCGCUGACACAGGACACGGACCUUGCCAAAACGCCGACGCUGGCCAUGCUUGCCUACCCAUCAUACCUGUCUUUGCUCCUCAUCCCAGCCCUGUUGAAGGUGUGGCCAGACCUCCAGCUCUCGCUCUUUCGGCUGGGUCGGUGGAUGACGCACGAGAAGUGCCGUGCCUGCGCCGAGCUCUAUGAGGAGCGCUUCCUCCAUGAGGAGCCAGCGCUUCAGGAGCUGCCUCUGGACUUCACCAGUCAAGCUGCUGGAAACGUGGUUUGGUCGGCCGAUUCUCUGGACCAUGCCGACUUCCUGACACGACUUCGCAAGCUCCUGUGGCAUCCUCGGAUGCGCAGCGGUGAGGUCUUGUUAUGCGCUGCGCCUCUUUGGCUUUGCGUCAGCCUCCUUGUGGCGAACGCUGGACGCAAGCCGUUGAUCUCCUUGUGCUUAAUGCGUCAUGACCUUGGUGGACCGCCCGACUUCGCAGUGAGUCAGGCACGCCAAAUUCUUCGUCAGGAUGUGGUGGAGCCCAUGGCUGCAGCUGUCAGUGAGGGCCGCCAACUGCGGCAUCUCUGGGUAAGGGAGGAUAUGGCUCGAUCCUACGGAAACUUUGAGCUGGAGGAGCAUGGCAACUUUCACCCUUUCGUGUGGCUUCCAUCGCUGUACAUUGAAGAUCGGUACUCCGGGUGCCACGACAUGGCUGAUGUUGUCAUCAUGCGCGAGGGAUCACUAGGUCGCUUCGCGCCGACCGUGCAUGGCCACCUUUUCUUCAGUUUGCUAACACAGCUGGUUCCCGCCGUUGGCUGGAAACCUGCUUCCCCGUGGAGAUUUCGAUUGCUUCCGUACAGCACAGAACGGCUCUCCUACACGGAGAUUGCUUCACAUAGAGCCGCCGUGUUUAUUCCGCGAGUUUGGUAUGGCAAGUUGACCUUCAAAGAUCUGGUCACAAUGGAAAUUCCCCUGUUCAUGCCAGAUCUAGAGCUUCAGGCAUCAAUCUCGGCUCUGCACAGCGAAUGGGGUUGUGGUCUCUGGGCACAGCAUCAGACGUGGACGCAGAUGCUAUGCAAGUCUGUUAGGGUGACGCAUCGCUUGAAUCAAUCGUCGUUCUUCAGACAUCCUUAUGUAAAGCGAUUUGGCAGCGCAGUGGAUUUGGUACGUCAGCUUGUGGUCAUGGACUGCGCUGCCCUGGUUCGGAUCAGCCAAGAUGUCCAGCGAUGGAAUGCGAUGUUGCUUCAGGAUGAUAUGGCCUUCUGGCAGACAGCCAUCCAGGCUCUCUCUUCUCAUCCGUCCAGCACGACAGAGGGUAGCCAAGUCGCUCAGGAAUCUGAUUCUGUCAGAGGGCCAAAGUUCACAUUGCCGGACCUACCUGACGAUGUGUACUGCAACCUGCCAGCGGCGGCACACUGCACAGUGUUGGAGGAUUCCAACGAUCUCGAACGCUGCUGCGUUGAAGCCGCCGUCGUGUCAUCACGUGUGGCGAGGACCGCAGCAAGACGCGUCCAACAACAUGCAGGCACGCUGAAUUUUCCGAGCAGGCAGACGUGCUUGACGCAAGUGGAGCUUUGUGCAGAAGGUCAGAUGCUCUAUGGCAGUCACCUGCUUCAUGCCUUGCCACUGGCUUGA